CUCUGGUUUUGUUGUUGUUUUGCAUAUCUAUGGUCAUAUUAAUAUGAAAAUUAACCUAAGUUUGCAAAAGUAUCUGAAAAUCCGAAUGUCGUAAUAAGUAAGGUUUGCAUUUAUAAGAUAAGUUGUGAAAAUCGGUAACUUUUUAUUUUGUUUUUCGUUAUAAAAAAUGUCAUACCAGUUGUACAGAAAUACGACAUUAGGAAAUACGCUUCAAGAAAGUUUAGACGAAUUGAUUCAGUUUGGGCAGAUCACCCCGCAACUAGCUAUCAAAGUUUUACUCCAGUUUGACAAGUCAAUCAACAAUGCACUUGCUACAAGGGUGAAAUCCAGAUUGACAUUUAAGGCGGGCAAGCUGAACACGUACAGGUUCUGCGACAACGUGUGGACGUUCAUGCUGAACGACGUGGAGUUCCGCGAGGUGCAGGAGGUGGCCAAGGUGGACAAGGUGAAGAUAGUGGCUUGCGAUGGGAAAGGAAUGACAGAUGAGAACGUGCCCACGAAGCGUUGACCUCUUCAUCUGCAUGUAAUUAUUGUGUGGUUUUUUAAUCUUUAUGCUCUGUAAUGUGUAACCAAUUGAUGUAUAUUUAUUACACGCUGCCAUUUUAAAAA